CGAACAUUUUAACUGUCAUGUUCAGGCAACUGAAACUGAAGUGAAUGUGUCAGGACAAUGGAGAAGAUUUUAUGUUCUGUGCACGGCGGCCUAUGUUUGCUAAAAACAGGCGUCAAAGAUGGACCCAGUAAAGGCAAAAGCUUCUACGUCUGCGUUGACCAGCAAGGCUGUGAUUUCUGUCAUGUGGCCAGCAUCCCACCGUCCCACUGCCUCCAACAUGAAGAUGCGAUGGUGGAGCUCCAAGCCCUCACCUACAAUCUACAACAGCAGAGCCACAGGUUGUUCUACAGGUGCAUUGAGGGUAAAAAGGCAGGCCAUAAGUGGUGUGGGAAUGUGCCUUGGACUGCACCAGAGAAAGAAAAGAGAAACCCUCUAUCUUACACCCAGCCCUCUUGUCUGCCGCCCGUCCAAAACCCCUUUAAAGCCUCCGGCAAGACGGACAAGGAUUCUGAGUGGAGAAGGAUGCAACAGCGUGGAGCUGGUGAGAAAAGAAGAGAGGAGAAAGACCGCAAGCCAAGUCACCAGACUGAGGGAAGAGAUGGCUUUCAGAAAGAAAAUGUGGAGGUGGCUGGAGAAAAGGUGAAUCCAGAAGACUCUUACCAAGGUAAACCACUUCCACCAGGGAUGAAGAUCAAGAAGAGACUAUCCGAUGAGGAGAGAAACAGUUUGAAAGCAAACGAUGUGGAAAAUAAUAAAGAUAAGGUGCAAGAAAAGACUAAAGAGCACCAGCCCAAGCAAGGAGAAACAGUUUCUACCUCCAAUGUUAAGGGUGUUCACCCCCACAAGGUAAAUACAACUUUACAAGAUCCUCUUCAGGAGUCACCCCAGCAUCCGAACAAUGGUGAAACCUCUCUGGUGGAACAAACCAAGCCUACUGUGAAAGAGAGCGUUUCUAAAUCUAUAUCUGGUAAUAUCAUCCCAGUGUCCAGUGACUCUGACAACACCAGGAACACCAAACCAACCAAACCAACACAACCAGAGGAUGAAGAGGAUGAUGAUGAUGUAGUGGUGGUGUCCGUGAAACCUGCGACUCAGAAACCUCCUCCUGUUGCUGCGGUUCAAAAGACCCUGACCACCUUCUCUGGGUUCCAGCCUAAAGGUCAACAGGAGGAUCCCAAAGGGAUGCACACCCUGCUCACUGCUCAACUCCAACAGAAAAAGGCGACUCUCUCUGUGGUGAAUCUGGCGGCUCUGCCAGACAAAGGGGAGAGGUUGAGGACUCAGGUGAAAGAGCUGGAGGACGCUCUGGAGUCCUUGAAGCUCUGUGCUGCUGCUCAGCCUGGUUCCGAUGGUGGACAUAAAAGUGGUGAUGCUCUUCCAAGUAGCAGCCAGGUAAACCCUUUCGCCCGGCAGGGAGGCACCAUCCUGCUCCCAGCACCGGGCCUAUCCCAUCACCAGGCCUCCGGCAACUCCCUGGAGCUCCAGCUGAGCCAGGGUCACGCCCAGAUGCAUGGAGGGGUGACACAGUCCUUUUACGGCGGCAGGAUGACUAACAACCGUCUACUGGCGGUAAAAGAUGCCACCUGCCAGGCCAUCGACCAUCUCCACAAAUCCCUGGAGUCCUGCCCCAACGCUGAGGCCGAGGUCCCUGACCCCAAGGGCAUCAAGGUGACUCUCCUGGCCCAUCAGAGGAGAGCUUUGGCCUGGCUGCUCUGGAGGGAGACUCAAAAUCCCUGUGGAGGAAUUCUGGCGGAUGACAUGGGUCUGGGGAAAACCCUAACAAUGAUUGCUCUCAUACUGGCCAAGAACAUCGAAGCAAAAGGGGAGGUUAAAAAGAAGGAAGAGGAGAAGGCUGCGGGCUGGAUCUCCAAAACUGACUCCAGCCUCGUGGCCUCUAAAGGCACUCUGAUCAUCUGUCCCGCCUCCCUGAUCCAUCACUGGAAGAUGGAGAUUGAAAGACAUGUGAAGGCAGGCAAGCUGACGGUGUACCUGUACCACGGGCCCAACCGCGAGAGAAGUGCCAAAGUGCUGGCAGGUUAUGAUGUGGUGGUGACCACUUACAGUUUGGUCUCUAAGGAGGCGCCUGUCCAGAAGGAGGACGCUGAGAAACCCAGCAAAGAUGCUGAUCAUGUGCCGUCAAACUCAGGUCCUCUCAUGCGAGUGACCUGGGCCCGGCUGGUUCUGGACGAAGGCCACAACAUCAAAAACCCAAAUGUGCAGACCUCCGUGGCUGUUUGUAAGCUGAGAGCCCGUGCACGCUGGGCCGUCACCGGGACACCCAUCCAGAACAACCUGCUGGACAUGUACUCGCUGCUCAAGUUUCUGCGCUGUGCUCCAUUUGACGAGUACAAACUGUGGAAGGCUCAGGUAGAUAACGGCUCCAAAAGAGGCAGAGAGAGACUCAACAUCCUGACCAGGACUCUGCUGCUGCGAAGAACCAAAACCGAGCGGGACUCCUCGGGAAACCCUCUGGUGUCUCUUCCUGAUCGUACCUGCGAGGUGCACCAACUCAAACUGUCAAAGGAUGAACAGGCUGUGUACGAUGUGGUCUUUGCCCAAUCCAGAUCUACUCUGCAGAACUACCUGAAGAGACAUGAAGAUAAGGACGUGGGAAAGGGAAAUGCUUCCAGUUCCAAUCCCUUCGACAAAGUGGCCCAGGAGUUCGGUAUGUCGGACUCGGCUGCCUCCAGUUCCCAGCAGCCUCAGCAGCCUCAGCAGGCGUCCAGCACCGUCCACAUCCUGUCCCUGCUGCUGCGCCUCAGGCAGUGCUGCUGUCACCUGUCACUUCUUAAGAAGACUCUUGACACGUCGGAGCUGCAGGGAGACGGGAUCGUCUUGUCUCUUGAGGAGCAGCUCAACGCUCUGUCCCUCUCCUCCAUCCCCUCCCCAUCAGACCCUCAACACACUGACACUGUGGCCCUGAAUGGCACUCGCUUCCCCUCAAAGCUGUUUGAAGACACCAGUGAGAGCACCAAGAUUGCUGCUAUUGUUUCGGAACUGAAUGCAAUCAGAGAGAAGAGCGAUGAUCAGAAAAGCGUCAUCGUGUCCCAGUGGACCAGCAUGCUGAAAAUCGUAGCCGUUCACUUGCGUCAGAUGGGCCUCAGGUACGCUGUCAUCGACGGGACGGUCAACCCCAAACGCCGAAUGGACCUGGUGGAAGAAUUCAACACUAACCCAGACGGACCGCAGGUGAUGCUAGUGUCUCUUUGUGCUGGAGGGGUCGGACUUAAUCUUGUUGGUGGAAAUCACCUCUUUCUCAUUGACAUGCACUGGAACCCAGCCCUGGAGGAUCAGGCCUGUGACCGGAUCUACAGAGUUGGACAAAGGAAAGAUGUCACAAUCCACAGGUUUGUGUGUGACGGCACAGUAGAGGAUAAGAUCUCCACGCUGCAGGGGAAGAAGAAGGAGCUGGCCCAGAACGUGCUCUCAGGAAAGGGAAGCACCUUCACCAAACUCUCCCUGGCUGACCUCAGGAUCAUCUUUGGUGUCUGAGAGGGGAGAGUACUGUGGGGGAAAUGUCACACUUUAUCACCUUCGGGUAAAAUGCUUUCCAAAGAUCUAUCUGCAUCUCAAGUGCUUUACAAAAUGUUAUUGGACUUACUGUGCCUCAACAUUUUAUUUGGAGGUUUCCGUUACGUUACAAAAAAUAUCUGAUGCUGCUUUUGCCUCGAUUUGUUGCUCGAGGUCAAAUCUGUUUCUUAAAUGAUGCUCAGUUAUUUUAUUCAUUUAUUGAGAGGCACAUGUACGUAGCUGUAUAGAAGAGGAAAUGUGAAAAUCCUAAUUAAAGAAGCCAUUUCCACCGACAGUCACACCUUCCGAUUCAAGCAUGUCUUAACAUAUUUUAAGAUUAGUCAACAAAGUGAAGUUCACGAAGACAACAGUUGCAUUCAGAUAGAAUUCAAAGUUCUCUGCUUCACAUAGUACUUAAUAUUCGCUGAUUAUGUAUUAUGCUGCUCCUGAAUACACUACUACAUCUGUAUUUACUGGCUGCAGAGGUGUGGUAUUGUCCAGUAUGAUGCUUUAAAUCACGUCUUUAUGUUAUAAUAAGUGUUGCAAAUAAUUUGGUAAUAUUCAAAAUUGGUGUGUGUAUGUUUUCCUAUCUUUUAUUAUUUUAAACCACAGGCUGACUCAUCAUUGGAGUGUGGCAAAUAUUUACUUUUAUUUGUGUCUCUCUGUAUUUCUUUUCCUUUUCUAAACCGUUCACAGGCGAUUAUUUUAUAUUUUUUGUUUUGUUUAAUUGAUGAUUUUCAUAAACCAGUUGAUUUGAAUAAUGGAAGUUAAUGUGACUGCUUAUUGUCAUUUCAAUAGUAACUUAAUUUGGAUUGAUCAUUUGAAUUGUUUAUAAAUUAGGUCAAGAUGUACGGCAAGUCGUUUUAAAACAAUAAACCUGAAUUGGCACUUUACAAUGCUGCCAAGAUAGA